AUGAAUAUUUACAAUUAUCUCUUUAAGUUCAUCAUAGUAGGAGAUACAAGUAUGAUAAUCAUUAAUAUUUUAGGUGUUGGUAAAAGCUGUUUAUUGCUUUAAUUUACAGAUUCUAGAUUCAGAAACGAACAUGAUCCAACUAUUGGUGUAGAAUUUGGAGCAAGAAAUCUAAAAAUAAAUGAUAAAUAAAUCAAGUUAUAAGUUUGGGAUACUGUAUGAUAUUUCAUAAAUGUUUAGGCAGGAUAAGAAUCCUUUAAAUCAAUUACGCGAUCAUAUUAUAGAGGGUAUAGAAUGAAUUUCUAAUAUAGAUCAAUUGGUGGAAUUUUAGUCUUUGAUGUUACUAGUAGAAAAUCUUUUGAAAAUUUGUAAAAGUGGAAUUAAGAAAUUUAAGGAUAUGCUUGUGAUAAAAUAGAAAUGGUUAUAGUAGGAAAUAAGAUAGACUUAGAUGAAAGGUAUAAUUAAUAUUAAAUAUGCAAAGAAGAGAAGUUAAAACUGAAGAGGCUAAAAAUUAUGCCUAAAAAUAAGGUUUUACAUACUUUGAAACUUCAGCCAAGACAGGUGAAAAUGUUGAUAAUGUUUUUGAAACUAUGGCUAAUUAAGUAUUAAAGAAAAUUGAUAGUGGGGAAAUCGAUCCAACCUAAGAAGUACUCUGAAAAUGAUCGAUUUUAGGUUUAUGGAAUCAAGAUUGGAUCUAUUGGUAUCAAAAAGAAAAAUGAUUUUGUUUAAACAAGAGAUUAACCAAAACCUCAAAUCGUUACAACCAAUUAGACUUAGUAAAAUGAAUAGAAAAAUAGUUGUUGUUGA